UUUCUGUCCUUUACACCAUUACUCUUAUCCACUAACGUUGUUCAAAAUCAAAACCUUUGUUCAAGUUAUCAUUGUUCAAGUUCAACUUGUUGCACCACUCAGUACUCAACGCAAAGCUAAAUAAUAGUUUUGAGUUACUCCAAAGUCCAAACCAACACAGCCAUCGAAAGAAACUCAGCCAUGGCAUGCUCUCCAUCCCCUAUAUCUUCAUUCACAUUUGGCAAUCCAUCAUCACUUCCCAGACUCCGAAAUUCACUUUCUUCUUCUCUAAACCCGAGAGCCAUGGCCAAAGAGCUUUACUUUAAUCAUGAUGGUUCAGCCACAAAGAAGAUGUUGGCAGGGGUGGACAUGGUGGCUGAGCUGCUUGGUGUGACAUUGGGUCCAAAGGGGAGAAAUGUUGUGCUGCCAAAUAAGUAUGGACCACCCAAGAUUGUAAAUGAUGGAGAAACUGUUCUCAAAGAGAUUGAAUUGGAGGAUCCAUUGGAAAAUGUCGGAGUUAAAUUGGUGAGACAAGCUGGUGCUAAAACCAAUGAUCUAGCAGGUGAUGGCUCAACUACAUCUGUUGUUCUUGCUCACGGCUUAAUCACAGAGGGGACAAAGGUUAUUGCAGCUGGAAUGAAUCCUGUUCAAAUUACUCGAGGGAUUGAGAAAACAGCAACAGCACUUGUUUCAGAACUCAGAUUGAUGUCUAGAGAGGUUGAAGAUCAUGAACUGGCAGAUGUUGCUGCAGUCAGUGCUGGGAAUGAUUAUACAGUUGGAAACAUGAUUUCUGAGGCUCUGCAUAAAGUAGGAAGAAUGGGAGUAGUGACAAUUGAAAGUGGAAAGAGUACUGAAAAUAGCCUGGAGAUCGUGGAAGGUAUGCAAUUUGAUCGCGGAUAUCUGUCUCCAUACUUUGUCAACAAUCGAAGAAAGAUGACAGUUGAAUUCCACAACUGCAAGUUGCUUUUGGUAGACAAGAAAAUCACAAACCAAAACGAGUUGAUCAACAUAUUGAACAAUUCUGCAAAAGAAAAGUAUCCAGUUGUGAUAGUUGCAGAGGGUAUUGAUCAAGAAGCUCUAGCUCCGGUCAUUAGAAAUAAACUUCGGGGCGCACUUAAGGUAGCUGCCAUUAAGGCUCCUGCCUUUGGUGAACGCAAGAGCCACUGCUUGGAAGAUAUUGCCAUCUUGACUGGAGGUACUGUAAUCAGAGAAGAUAUGGGUUUCACCCUAGAAAAGGCUAACAAGGAUGUUCUGGGUUCUGCUACUAAGGUUGUCAUAACAAAGAAUUCUACCUUAAUAGUUACGGAUGGGAGUACUCGAGAAGCUGUUGAGAAGAGGGUUUAUCAACUUAAGAGGCUUGUUGAGAAUACUGUAGAAAAUUUCCAAAAGAAGAUAUUGAAUGAAAGAAUAGCAAGAUUAUCUGGGGGCAUUGCCAUUCUUCAGGUAGGAGCACAGACACAAAUAGAGUUGAAGGAUAAACAGUUAAGAAUAGAAGAUGCUCUAAAUGCAACCAAGGCAGCCAUUGAGGAAGGUGUAGUAGUUGGUGGUGGCUGUAGCCUUUUAAGACUAUCCAAGAAAAUGGAUGACAUAAAAAAACUCCUGGACAAUGAAGAACAAAGGAUUGGAGCUGAAAUCUUCAGAAGAGCAUUGAGCUACCCCACAAGAUUGAUAGCGAAGAAUGCUGGUGUAAAUGGCAAUGUCGUCAUAGAAAAGGUUUUAUCGGAGGAUAACAUGAAUUUUGGUUACAAUGCUGCUAGAGACUAUUAUGAGGAUCUCAUGAAGGCUGGGAUCAUGGAUCCAACAAAGGUUGUUAGAUGUUGCAUAGAACAUGCUGCUUCUGUGGCCAAAGCAUUUCUAACAUCAAAUGCUGUUGUGAUUGAGCGCAAGGAACUAGAGCCAAUACCAAGAAGAAAACCUAUGGCUACCCCAGGUUUAGGACCAAUGAGCUCAUAAAAAGGAAAUUUGUACAGUCCAAUUCAGAUUUUAGAAUCCUUCUUUUGCUUAAUUAAUGUCCAAGCAUUAAGGAAAACCAACCAUGGAGAACCAGAAAUCCACAUGUAUACUUGUACAAAUGGCAUUGGAAUUGAUCAAAAUUUAAUUGGAUUGACUUGCGUGGUGGCCUCUACGAAGGUUAAGUACUAAACAUGCAUGCAGAAGGAAAAUUUUUGGCGCAUUCAGAAAGUGAUUCAGUGUCCAAUUCUGACGGUGGAUGUUAGAAAUAAAUCUUUUAAUUGUUGGAGGGAAUAUAAAACUUGUCAUCCUAUUUUGUAGGAUUUACAUAUAUAAAGCAAUUUAAAGGAAUCAUGAUUAUGUAAGAUAGUAACUAAUAGGAGUUCAUGAAUCACAUCCAUUUUAUAAAUCUGAUACCCUUUUGGUCUCCAA